GCUUGUAGUUUUUGAGUUUUCAAGUUGCUUAAGUAAAAAAAAAGUAAGAGUUAGUUCACUUAUUCAUUAAUUAUUCACAAUGUUACUAGCUUUUACUCUUAUGGUUCACUCUAAUCCUUUUAUUCUUUAGUAAAGUUUAUUAUUCAUAACUAGUAAAUCAAAGAAGUUUCGAAAUGUUCUCUUUUCAAUUCAUAUUUUUGUUUCUGAAUCGGAUACCAGAGUGCACACUAAUCGAUUUCAUUACUUCCUAUAAAAUAUACGGGGCUUUCAUUUAAUCCAUUUUUAAUGUUCCUGAUCUGUUACUUCAUUUUGCUUUUUUCAGUCUGAAACACUUAGUAAAUACCAUGGCUUACUCAAUUAGCAGCUUUGGUAUACUAUCCGAUUCUUCCUACGUUGCAAUGUCUAGUGAUUUGUGCAGAACUUUGAGACUUAUUCGAAGAGCCGAUUGAAUAUAGCACUAUCCAUAAUAGUAGAACUUGCAUCUAUUACCGGAUGAAGAUUACCUUUUAUUAGGAUCACUUAUAUGAGUAGAACCUUGCGUUUUCGUAACAAUUGUGAGGUUUUACACAACAGCUUGUCUUAAAUAACUGUAUCCAUCAUUCGAAUAAUCUUUUUUUUACAUAAAUACAUUGUAGCGUUAGAGGUGAAUUGCCACCCUGGUGUUUAUACUGUUUCUGCCUGUUCGAAGACGAUUUGUGUUUGCUAUAUGGAUUUACCAGGCAUUAUAUUACAUUGUAUAAGCAAAUGACAUUUCAAUUUGUAUCCUUAGGAACUAUAGUUUGCAUAAGGAUUCAGUGAUGGUGGAGACAUAUUUAAUGUCAAAAUGGAAUCCGUGCAAAUUCGAAUACCCGGAACAUUUCUAUAUGGAAUAUAUUCACUCUCUAUAUUUACUAUCAUCUAUACUAAAUAAUUGGUACAGUAGUCUUCAUUAGUGUCCAUAUUAGUGUAAUCAACUUUGCUUUAUACGGUCAAUGUUAAUAUCAUACUCCACGAUUACGUUUGUCUGAUCCAAGCUUCUGUUGAAGACCAUUAAAAGUUUUUUGCAUGUAAAUUUACCUUUAAGAUAUUAUAAUCAUCCAUUACUUAUCUUAAAUAUCCUCAUAUAUUAUUUCAGCUUUUAUUUCGUACUUUAGAUGAUAAAAGUUUGCGUCAUCUGUGUGCAAUGCCAAGGCAUAUUUGAUUAAUUAUUCUUGUGGUUGCGAUGGAUUGAUUUUUACUAUAUUUAUUACUUUACGAUAAUUGCACUAAUGAUUUUGUUUUCUCUCGGAUUCUUAUUAUUAAGAAUUUAUUUCCCCGUUGGAAUUCAUCAUUAAGCGCUUACGCUUUUUCAUUUUAUAAUAUAGUAUCAUUCAAGGUUUGUUUAGUUAUUUUCUAAAUUUGAUUAUGUACAUUUAUAUUCCCACGAAUACUGUGGUGUUAUAUAAUUGAAUUACGUUAUCCUGGAAAGUAAAAAUCAGAUUAAAUAGCAGUUAAACCAGAUGUUUUCGCAUAGAAAAAGUGCUAUGGCAUCUGACAUAACAGUAUGCAGAUGGAGUGUGAUGUUAGAAUACGAAAAGUCGGAUGUAAUUCUUUAUAUUCUUAGAUACAUCAAUGGCACACUCUUUCGAAACGAUCCGCUUAAGCUUUCGGAGAGAGAAGAAAUACGUAGUGACUCAAGUUCGAACAUGCCAACAGUUGAAAAAAGACUGCUUCUGCAUGGCAGCGUUAGUUACAGUCGGAAAGAUAUCUUUCUAUCUCUCGUUCGUACUAUACGCCUUAAACGAGUUGAUGAUUUUGCGACGAGCGUUUCAUUACAAUAUAUGGUAGGGGAUGAGCUUCCUGAUUGUUUUCUAGAGCCACUCGUAGUUUCUUCUCAUACAAAAAGCUUUUUGAGAUGGCAUCAUGUGGCGUUAGCCACUAAGUAUGGGAUUACUAAAAGAAUGCAAACUCGAAUAGAACGAGUUAAACAGAGAGUCGAAAAGAUCCUAAAUAGCUCAAUCACUGGAGACACAUUAACAUUUGAAUCUAGCGUAAAUGAUGAUUCUGGGCAAUUUACCAGUAUUAUUCCAACCGAUCGAGAGAAAAGCAAGGAUGAUCAAUAUAGUUGGAAUUUUUCGAAGUAUGUUGCUGCCUUAGAGGGGAACCAGAUUAACAUUAAGCAAAUAUCAACCUCUGUCCCAACGCUAUUUGUUUUGUGGUCAUGUCAGGAUAUUGAGUGUAUCGAGUGGCUCAGGAAAACUAUUUUCAAUAAAAAAGCAGGGAGUUUUCACUCAGAAACAAGCGUUGAUUUUGUCCAGGAAGACGAUACCUUUGAAGACAGUUGGAUGGAACUGAUGAAGCAAUACACAACAAUUCCCGAACGGGAAGCCAAUCUCACCGAAAAGGGAAAAAUAGAUGGAUUUAAAUCCCCCAAGCGAGCUCAAAUUAUUCUCAUUAACGUUGAUCGAAAUGUAGACGAGGCGCGUGCGCGUUUUACUGAUUUGUGCUGGUUCUCUUCUGUCAAGAGCAGUUCGGAGGUUUCCCUAAUCUCCCUCUGGUCCGGUGUGGAGGGUCUACAGAGCGAGAUCUGCAAUAUGUUUAACCCUAUUUCGCUUCCUUUCCUUAUCGUAACGAAUCCUGUUAGAAAGCGUAGCUUCAUCUCCUCCCACUUUCGAACCCGCCCAUACAUUACACACCUCACCUCCCUGGUCGCCACAGUUGAGGAUUCCAAAAACAAUGAAACAGACUAUUUACUCGCGCAAAGUAACGCUUCGCACUGGAGCAAGCUCAGCUCGCAGCAUCGUCUUACGUUUUCGAAUCGGUUGUGUGGCUUGAUUUUUCAACUUAAUUUGCCAAUGUGCUUCUACGCCAAAGUGGAUCACGAUUAUAGGAUCAUUAACCCCUAUACAGAUAUUUCCACGAAGGCGAUUGAAUCCAACUGUACAUCGCUGGUUUCACUUCAUGGGCAGAUAUCUGAUCGCGACAUGUGUUCUGUAGCUACAGCCAUAGAACCAUUUAUAGGCUUAGCGGACUUUUGUUUUCAUGUGGACAUUGUGAAAUGUUCAACCUCUUUAAACAUCAAUCAAGACUCUAUUCUACCUGGUUAUUAUACCCUUUUAAAGAACAAAAUUAUAUCUUGCACGCUGUGCUUCCGAUCUAUAGACGUGUAUACUUCCCCGCUUUACCGAUGUCUUCACUGUGUGCAGCGAUGUGGGGUAAUAUGCCAAAACUGCUUUCAAAACAACAGUUCUAUAUUCGUAUCGCGACGGCAUCCUCCGCAUCAUAUCUUCGCUAGGAUUCCACCAGUCGUAUGCUCCAUAGCCUCCAUCCCUGUGAUGUGGGGACCGAGCAACGUCUUUCCCCUUCAGCCUCUCCCUCUUUUUGCUUCUCAGGCCCCUGAUACAUCAGGUACGAUUCAUCUUGGGAUUUAUUGCGAUGAAUGUCAGGAAAUGAUCCGAGGCAUUCGAUGGAAGUGUGCCGUGUGCUAUAAUUUUGAUUACUGUAAUGACUGUUUUGAGAAGCACAUUUUGAAUGAGUUGGAGUUUAUGAAUGACUGUACGCAUCCUCCCAGCUGGGUGGAAAGAAAUAAGGCUUUACAUGCUUCUCCCUCAAAUACUGUUAGGCGAGUACACGAACCUUCACACCCAAUGCUCUGUAUUCCUCCUCAUUUUUAUAAAGGCAAAGAUGGUAAUGAUUUUUUGAAGCCUUUAUCAUUAAAACUAUGGGAUAUUCUUUACUAG